UGUUUCUAGAGUUUUCAGUCAACAAGUACGUACGUCUUUCUCAAACAAAGGCGAAACAAAUCAAACGAUUUAAAUAUUUUGUAAAAACAAAUCAACAAUCAAGUGCCGCUGUUGAAAUUAACACGGAGGCAAUAUGGAUUUCGGUGCGUUGUUGCAUUACGCCAAGAAGAAAAAUGAUGCAGCCACUAAAGAUGAGCACGGCAAAUACUACAGCACCAAAUAUGCGCCACCCAAAAAGGAGAGCAAGGAGAGCAAACAACUGUCCAGCAACAUACAAAAGUUCCUCAAGAAACGCGAGGCGGAGGAGAGCGAACGGAAGCGACAGGAGCGUGAGAAAUUGUCCAAUCUGUUGGCCAUGCGUGACGAGAAGUCCAAGAAUAAAAUACGUAAAAUGCUGAAAGUGACGAAAUCCGCUAACAAAUCGGUGCUGGAGGAUGCCAAGGAUUGUGAUAAUACGGCCGUAACGCUGGCUGGCUCAGAUCAGCCGGAUGGCGAUGAUUAUGGCUAUGUGUCCACGGAGGCGAAUGCCUUCUAUCAGAAGUACAUUGAGAAGGUGAAGGAUGUGCACGAGGACAAGGGAUUUGCGCCCAGUCGACCGCAGUCGCUGCGCGACUUAUCCGGCACCAAGGAGCGCGUCAAGGCGGCCAUCACACGGGAGCGGGAGGAGGCCAAAUCCCAUACCAGACAGCGGCUCAGCUCGGUGCCAGCAACGUCAUCCACCAAGACGCCUAGGGAUGCGAGUGUGGCCAGAACAUAUACAUCAUCGAAAACGUUGUACAAUCCGGAGGCAGAGCGUCGCCAGGAGGAGGAGGAGCAGCAGCAGAAAAAGCCCAAGGUGAAGCGUCCAGCACAACCGCCGCCAAUGGAUUUCCAGGCGCUAUUACGUCUGGCCGAAAAGAAACAACACGAACCGGUUGCCAUUGCCAUGCCCGAAAAGAAAAAGGAACCCGAGCGUCUGCUCUCGGCGCGCGAGAAGCGGGAGCAGGAGGAGCGUCAGCGCUGGAAGGAGCAGCGGGCACAGCGGGAACGACAGCGCGAAGCGGACGCCAAGUGCAAGGAUCAGCGCAAGGAUAACACAACAACACAGUCACAAACACAAUCACAGCCACAACGCAUGGAGCCAAAUGGACGCAUACCCAAGCUGAAUAAGCCGCCAACGGGGAAAGCAGCAGCUGCUCCUGCUGCCGCUCCCGCUCCAGCUGCCAGUGAAUCCAAAGCCAAGCCCACAAGUGAUAGCCUCAAACGGCCAGCGCCAACUGCGCCCAGCGGCAGCUCCAGCGCCAAAAUCAGUGCAGCCACUAAAUCCUCAAGCAGCAGCAACAACAACCACAACAAUAAUGGUCUACAUAAUUCCAGCAAACGUCCAGCUAGUGUGUCCAAUACAAAACCCACUUCUGUAGCCGCAUCAUCAUCAUCAUCAACGUCAGCAACGAAGCCCGCAGCAAGAUUGGAAUCUCGCAAUCCAUAUGCGGGCAUUAAUAAAACAGGCGCCACACGGGAAUUCCCGCCACGGGAAGCAUCCGCCAAGACGCGACAAUUUCCACCCCAAGAUGUGCAGCGACGCAAACUGCCGCCCAUUGAUGCACGUGGGCGUGGCAGUACGUUGGGACGCAAGCAGCCGGAAUUGGGCAACAAAAGACGCAUUUGUGAUGAGGAUGAUUCGGAGUAUGAUUCGGAGCUGGAUGACUUCAUCGAUGAUGGCGAUUGCGAGGAGGACAUAUCAUCGCACAUUCGCGAUAUCUUUGGCUAUGAUAAGCGCAGGUAUCGCGAUCUGGAUGAGGACGAUGAUCAGAUGGAAUCCAGCUUUGCUCAGGUGCAACGUGAGGAGCUUAUUAGUAAGAAACUAGGCUUGCAAGAGGAUUUGGAGGAUAUGCGCAUGGAGGCGCUGCAUAAAAAGAAUAAAAUGGCCAAAAAACGCACCAAACGCAUCGAUGAUGAUGACUAAACUAUUAUCUGUCAAUUUCCAACUCCAACUUGCAUUCGGAAAGCGUUAUUUGCUCAACCACAAACUGAUUAGUUACUCCAAGGAGAAGCCUUUGUUUAGUACUCAAGCCUACACUCUGAAUUUGUAGUUAAAACAAUCUUGGCUGAUU